GUGAAUCGAAUGCAUCCAUCGCACACUUGCGAGGGAGGUGCCAGUUAGUCUGCCUGUCUAGUAUACAGAGGGAUUCAUUCAGUCAUGGCAGUUGGCUGCCACACACGCAUGUAUACCAUCACCAUACCCAUCCCUGUCGGCCCUCGCUCAUGCGGGCGUCAGGUCAUCACUCACUGCCGCCCGCCGUCACGUGGACGCUGCCCUGAUUACAUGCGUGGCACGACGCAUGGACAAGGCACGAGAGUAGACACAAGCUUGCGUGAGUCGCAGCCAUCAUCUCUCUCUAGACGCAGUUGUCUUGUCUGUCGAUCUGUCUGUCUGCAGUGUAUCAGUCAGUAUGAGGUGUCGCGCUUGCCGGUUUCGCCCCAGAUGCCCCACUUGUACCCCCAUGGGAAACACGACACCACAAAGUGCAUCAAGAAGCCCGGCCACACCCACCGCACCCACGAUAUCGCACCGCCAGCAGACAUCAAAGGCUUCUGAUACCUGAUUGUUGCAACACACAACACACCACACCACACGCCAUCCAUCCCUCUCCCUCUCCCUCUCUCUGCCCACCCCACCCUGUGUUGUGUGUGCAUGGCUGUAGGGGCGUACCAGAGGUCUUCGUGCCGGAUGACCUCGCCCCCUUCGCUCACGUCGAGGUACACAUAGCUCGGCAGCACGAUCUCCCAGUCCUUGAACGGCCCCUGCGGCUUGUACUUCUGCACCACGUCGAUAACAAUGCCGUUGGGGAAGCUCGUCGGCUCGAACUUGAGCGUCUCGACUGUGCAGGUCUUGCGCAGCAGUAGGAAGAGCGACAUGAUGGCCUCCUUGCCGCGCAUGGCCACGCUGGGGUCGUCGAACCAGGCGUCAUACCGGUAGAUGCUGAAGGCCGGGUCCAUGCGCGUCAACGCAAACCGCAGCGAGUAGAUGCGCCGGAUCUUGUCGACGAUCUCCCGGUGGUGGUCCAUCACGACGCCCCGCUGCGGCUUGACGUUGCUGCCCGGCGAGUAGACAUGCUUGUAGGGCACCCCAGUGGUCGUCUGGCUGAGGUCGGCGUCGUCACUGUCGGCGCCGGAUGGGACGUCGUCGAGGACGUUCCAUCGCCUGCUGAAGGGCAUGAAGGGGUAGGCGAGGCUGGCGCCCCAGACGGCCACGACGCCGGCGAAGCAGGGGUAGACGUAGUCCAUAAACAGGCCCGCCGCAAUGCGGUCCGUCGGGUGAAUGGGGCGGCGCAUGGCAAGGCACCAGACUGCUCAUCAAAGAUCAGACUCAGGAAAGCAUCACGCAGCGCUUCUCUUAUCGUUUUGAGCAAUCUCCCC